AUGAUCUUCUUAAGUUUACGUCGUAUCAGGCGUUGGCUGCUUGGUACCGUCAGUCUAGUAUGGCAAGAAGAGAAGUACGAUCUACUCGGCAAAGGGAAAGAAAACAGCGCGAACUACCACUCUCAUCAUGGGAAAAGACUGUGCAGACUUGCCCUUACGGCAAUUUCAAUUACAGCUAUGAUUAUGUUCUUCGGUCCUCCAAUUCUGACCAGGCCAGAUGAAACACUAUGUCCACAUCCUGUCUUACAGCUCACAAGGAAUGCCCAAAACGCAUUCGACACGACUGUGAAAAAGCAGUCAAAAUCAUUUCAUGAGGCUGUUGCAGAAUACAAACGUCGAUACAACAUACCACCACCACCUCACUUUGACGUGUGGUAUAAAUUCGCUAGAGUCAAAGGGACAGUCCUGAUAGAUGAAUUCGACAUAAUCUAUCACGCCUUAUUACCGUUCUGGGGAAUCUCCCCAAGCGUCAUCCGCGAAAGAACAAGACAAGAUCUUGGAUACAAGGACAAUAUGUUCAUGGGCUGGUCUAUACGAGCCGGUAAACCGAUCUACACCGUCUUCGGUGAGCGCUACCAACGGGACGGCAUGAAGAUGAUCAUUGAUCAAUUCGCGGAAUGGUUACCUGAUAUGGAUAUGGCAUUUAAUGUUCAUGAUGAGCCGCGCGUUGUUGUUCCGCAUGAACAAUUGAAUCGAAUGGUCUCUCUUGGCGGAGAAGCUCAGAAUCGAUUGGCUCGGACAGCCUCAUCAAGGGGCACAUUUUCGAAGCAGGAAUAUGUAUCUGAAUGGGUAGCAUCAGUCCCGACGACCAGAUACAGUAACCUGGCACUACAAGAAAACUGGGCUCAUUCGAGCAUUUCUUGUGCUGCAGAUACCCCAGCGAGAAACCUAAACGGACAUGCUGAAGAUGACACAGCCUCUUAUGCAAUUGAGCCUUUGGGAUUUGUGUACAACCACACUGCGUUUAGCGAUGUUUGCAAGAAUCCAUCGCUGCGACACCGCUUGGGUCUCUUCAAGGGACCACAUGUCUUGAAGCUCACUAAUGAGCUUGCUCCUGUAUUCUCUGUGUCAGCGCCUUCUUCCUUCCAGGAUAUUCCAAUGCCGUCGAUGUGGUACUAUAAGGAUAAGAUGUCAUAUGAAGAGGAGAUUGACCUUGAAUGGAAAGAAAAGAAGGCUCAAUUAUACUGGAGAGGGGGCAACAAUGGGGCUCACACUAAGGAAGACUCCUGGCGCUGUCUGUUGCGUCAGCAAGUUGUGGGGAAUUUGACUCAUCCCACUGCUUCGCAAUAUAUCUUAAAACGUAAUUCAAGAUCAGCGACGUCAUCGUGCAGUGAUAUUGGCAGCAGCCAUGGAGUUGUUGAACAGAUUCAUCCAUCACAAUAUCGGGACCACUUCAAUCUCAGAUUCACGGAGAUUGAUUACUGCGAAGAUGGCUGCCAAUCACAGCUUGAAUUCUUCGGGGAGCCAGCUAGCUUCGAAUGGCCAAAAGAAGCAUGGCGGCACCGCUACUUGCUAGAUAUGGAUGGCUGGGCAUACAGUGGCAGAUUUUAUGCUUUCUUGCGCAGCAAGAGCUUACCUAUGAAACUAUCAGUCUUUCGUGAAUGGCAUCGAGAUAUCCUGGUCCCAUGGGUUCAUUACGUGCCCCUCAACAAGGAUGUGCGCGAAGUGCCCGAGUUGAUUCGAUACUUUGAACAUGACCCCACUGGACGAGUGAUUGCACAGACUAUAGCCGAAAACGGGAGAUUAUGGGCAAACAGGGCUCUCAGAAAGGAAGACAUAGAAGUCUAUAUGUUCCGCCUGUUCUUGGAAUUUGCACGUGUACAAGAUGAUAGUCGCGAGAUGCUCGCAUACAGUGAGUGA